AGCGGCCUGCAGCAUCGGGCUGCGGAACGGGCUCCAUCCGGCCCGCGGUGCGCCCCAGGCGGGCAGGGCGGCGCGGAUAGCGCGGUGCGUCCCGCGGCCUAGAGCGGCCUGCAGCCAUGGGGAAGAAGGGGAAGAGGGAGAAGAAAGGGAAAGGGGCCGAGAAGACGGCCGCGAAGAUGGAGAGGAAGGUGUCCCGCAGGGCCAGGAAGGAGGAGGAGGACCUUGAAGCGCUGAUAGCUGAAUUCCAGACUUUAGAUGCUAAAAAGACUCAAGUAAUUGAGACGUCCUGCCCACCUCCCUCACCCAGGCUGAAUGGCUCCCUGUCUGCCCACCCUGAGAAAGAUGAAUUGAUCCUUUUUGGAGGUGAAUAUUUCAAUGGCCAAAAAACGUACCUGUAUAAUGACCUGUAUCUUUACAACAUCCGGAAAAACAGCUGGACUAAAGUAGAGAUUCCCAACCCACCCCCAAGGCGCUGUGCUCACCAGGCAGCAGUGGUUCCCACAGCCGGUGGGCAGCUCUGGGUGUUUGGUGGAGAGUUUGCAUCUCCCAGUGGGGAACAGUUCUACCAUUACAAGGAUCUCUGGGUCCUGCAUCUGGCCAGCAAGACCUGGGAGCAGAUCAAAGCACCAGGAGGUCCCUCUGGAAGAAGUGGGCAUCGAAUGGUUGCUUGUAAAAGACAGCUGAUGGUCUUUGGAGGUUUCCAUGAGAGCACGAGAGACUACAUCUACUACAACGAUGUGUAUGCAUUCAAUUUGGACUCCUUCACAUGGAGCAAGCUGGCUCCAUCAGGAAUUGGGCCUGCUCCAAGAUCAGGAUGUCAAAUGGCUACCACACCUGAGGGCAGCAUAGUCAUCUAUGGAGGCUACUCAAAACAGAGAGUUAAGAAAGAUGUUGACAAAGGCACCCUGCAUACAGACAUGUUCCUGCUGAAGACUGAAGGCUCAGGCAAGGAGGAAGAUAAGUGGGUAUGGAGCCGACUCAACCCAUCCGGAGUGAAACCCACUCCCAGGUCUGGCUUCUCUGUGGCAAUUGGUCCCAAUAACCGCUCCCUGCUGUUUGGAGGAGUGCACGAUGAGGAAGAGGAAGAGAGCAUUGAAGGGGACUUCUUCAAUGAUAUUUAUUUCUACGAUAUUGGGAAAAACCGUUGGUUUCCUGGACAGCUAAAGGUAUCAAGGUCAGAGAAGAGGAAGCGAAGACGUGGCAGACGAGCUGAGACAGAUGGUGGAGAUGAUGAGGUAGAGAAGCAAGCCCCACGAGGCCCGGUGGAGAUAGUCAAAGAGGUGGUGGCAGAAGAUGGAACUGUCAUGACAAUCAAACAGGUGAUCUCUGGGCCUGCAGAUGAGAAGGAGAGGUCCGAAUCGGAGGAGGAGGAGGAAGAUGCAGCCUUGAGCCCGCAAGUGGAACCAUGCCCACGUUCAAACGCCAUGCUGGCAGUGAAGCAUGGGGUUCUGUAUGUGUAUGGAGGAAUGUUUGAGGUGGGCGAUCGCCAGUUCACCCUCAGUGACCUCUACAGUAUCGACCUGCACAAGAUGGAAGAGUGGAAAGUGCUGGUGGAGAUGGACCCAAAAACACAAGAAUGGCUGGAGGAGUCAGAGUCAGAUGAAGAGGAGGAGGAUAUGGAAGGUGCAGAAGGAGGGGAAGAAGAUGAAGAGAGUUCUGAAGAGGAUAGUGAGGAUGAAGGAGGAGAGGAGCAGCACCCAUCUGUUCAGCCUGAUGAGAAGCAUGCAGACUAUCUGUCCAGGACGGAGCAGUAUUGGAUCAAAGUAGCCCGCAGCAACAUGGGCCCGGAUGCCAAGGAGAAGAAGGUGGUGAAAGUAGCUCACGCCAUGGCAAAGACAUUCUAUGAAGAUUCAAUCUAGAUGAUGUUGGGGGUGUUCUGUGAGUGCAGAAACAUGUUGGGAGCAGUGGUUAGCCCUGCUGAAAUCAGCCUAAUGGGCCAGGCGGUCAGUGUGUGUGCCCAGAGGGCUUCCUGGCACUCCAACUCUUGCAUACUCCAUGUGAGUGCCUCUGGGCUGACUAAUCUCAAUAUGCUUGCUUGAUUAAUGCUCGGAAUAUACUGUUAUUCCCCUGGCGGUUGUGGGAGGGACUUGGAGAACAGGAUUACUGCCCAAACACUGGUUCUUCUGAGAAUGGAGCAUACAAUACCAUCAUCAUUUUGUUCAGAAGUUAUUUUGAGUCUGUGAAGGCAAACUGUGUAUCUCACAAUGGUUCUCUAGUCCCAAAUUCCUUAUCCUAACUGGGGCCAGGUCUUGUCUCCAAGGAUUUCUACAAUAAACUUGGUUGGUUACAUCA